CACCAACAAGUUAAAUCAUUAAAUACAACCGCAACCACGCCCAACACGACCUACUCCAUCUCCUGCUCCAGCCCAAUCCGUUGGGCAUCAACAGCCGGUUGCGGUAACUCCGCCUAAAACGGCUGCUGCCCAAUUGGUUUUUGCGCCAACCGCUGCUCCACCAGCACCACCGACCCAAGGCAAUCCCGUGUUGGAAGAGUUACAAUAAAAAAACAUUUACAAUCCAAAAGAGUUUGAUUUAUCGGCCAAGAAUGCACGUUUCUUUGUAUAUCAUCAAAUCAUAUUCAGAAGAUGACAUUCAUCGAUCAAUCAAAUAUGAAAUCUGGUGUUCAACAGAACAUGGCAACAAGCGACUUGACGCUGCCUUCCGUGAAAGGGAUGGAAAGGGUCCAGUGUAUUUGUACUUUUCCUUCAAAGGAUCCGGACAUUUCUGCGGCAUGGCUGAAAUGUCGUUGGCAGUGGACAUGUCGUCGACCUUAUCGGUUUGGUCCCAAGAAAAAUGGCGCGGUCAGUUCACCGUCAAAUGGAUUUAUGUUAAAAUCGUGCCUAGUGCUGCGUUGUGCUUCACAUUCGGCUGGAAAACAACGAGAACAAGCCCGUUACAAAUUCACGCGAUACCCAAGAGGUUCCCGUUGAAAAGGGGUCGUCAGGUGUUGAAGAUCCUUCAUUCGUACCGCCACGCAACGUCCAUUUUCGUUUUUUGACGAUUUUAGCCACUACGAGAAACGUCAAGCAUAGGAAGAUUAGCGAGAAACAACAGCGGCGUGUCCCCAUCUGGCGGUCACAACAGUGACAACGAUUACGA